AUGGGCAGCAUCGCGCUCGCAAUUUACCCAGAGGAGCGCAAGAAGGUUGCACUUGAUACCUCGAAAGCCGUCGAGAUAUUUGCAUGGGGUUAUAAGAAGGGCGCCAUACACAUGGGGAUAUCAGCUGCUGUAGCUGGUUUCGCAGCCUUGGCCGCAGCGUUCCAGACGCCGCCUACCGGACUGCCAUUCUCACCCCGCAACUACCUCCUCCUUCUUGCACCUCUUCAUCUCGCCAAUGGAGUGCACACUUUGUUGUUUAUGCUCCCCACCAACCUCCGUCUUCUUGCCCUCCGAGAGAAGGCCACAAAGAAAGACUCGUCCCUUACCCUUUCGGACGAACAAGAGGUCGAAACGCUACUACGAAAGUGGAAACGUCUCCACUACGUUCGAUUAACUCUGGGUGCUGUAGGCUGGGUUGCGACCCUGGCCGUCUAUAUGGCAACUCUGUAG